AUGAUUUGUUCAGCUAAUGACGAGCGUUUUCGAUGGGUUGAUCGAGCUCCCAUCUCGUUAACUGAACUGAAAUCGAUCCUUGCGAAAUUAACAAGCAAAGAAGCAAUGAAACUCUCAACGUCGACAUCAACUAAUGCGCAACAUCGACCGAAACCUUUGAUCAAAAAGCAGAGUCGACAAGUGCCAGCUCAAAGUCAACUUUAUGGCGAUGCGGUUAUAAAUUCCUUUCUUGUUUCAUCCUCGUCGUCAGCAGUUCACAUUUCUCGGCAAGGUAUAUUAAACGCGAAUCUAGAUGCCAAACGAAAUCAAUGCUGCUUAGAUUUAGACGUACCCGAUGCUUUCGUUCCGCCAAAACGUUACACUUCUUCAUUCAGAACACUCGUUCAUCCAACAACUACGAAACAGACUCAGCGAUUGAAUUAUAUCAAUGAUAGCGUCGUGAUUUUCAAACUAUCAAAAGAACAAUCAAACAACAGUUCGAUAGUGAAUUCUCAAGUCACAAGUAAACCCGCAUCCUUAUCGCCGACAGCAUCAGUGAAAAUUCCCCCAGCUCCUUCGCCAAUCCGCUUGAGUCCAGUGCUGAAGAUCGAAGGACAAAAACGCCGGGUAAAUCAUCAUGAGUCUUCAUUAGCAAUUCCACCUCCAACGAUUCUAUCUGGUUCAUCAAAUCAAAUGACAACGAGCACUACGAACCACCAUCAGUCACAUCCCUCCGUGUUCACCUACCGAAGUGCUGCAGCUGGCGGAAAUACAGUUCGUCAACGAGCCAUAGCAGAUCCACCAUCGAAUAGUUUGCUAAUCACAGCUGAACGAUUCAAAACCACCAUGACAUCGACCAUGCGCUCGACAAGACAACAGUCAUUACCAAUAACAACAACAACAUCGUAUGUACCAUCUCAGCAGAUACACAGAAAUCUACCUCAGACAAAUCGUUCGCGGGUUUUAUUAGACAAAUUGAAAACGUCUCAAGAUAAUUACGAAUAUGCUGAUCCAUAUACUAAUUGUCCGCCGGAGUUGUUGAACAAACUAUCACAUCUGACUAAACUUCAACUAGAAACGAUAGAAUGGGAGAAGCGAAAAAGGUUCACAAAGAAAAAGCCAGCUUCCAAUGCAUUUCUGCAGGGUAAAGACAGUCCCUAG